AGCGGAGGAUGUGUCACCCAAACAAACUAUGUAAUGAUUCUUCAGUCGGUCUGCGGCGCUUCAGUUUCAAAUUGGUUUCAUCGGUUUCAACGAUUCAUGGUUUCAAACCCUAAACCAAACAUUCAAUAAAGAAAUUUGAAGCCGCCGCUUUGUAACUUUGACAUCUCCAAAGGACAAGGUAUCAAUAGAAAGAAAAGUAGGGAAGUUGAUUAUGAAGACAAGGAAGAAGAGACAGAGGCAGAGUAGAAAAGAUAGAGAAGGGAAGAGGGACAGACUGAGUGAAUUGCCUGACUGUGUUCUGAUCCACAUGAUGGAGUUUAUGGACACAAAGCAUGCUGUUCAAACCUGUGUGUUGUCUAAAAGAUGGAAGGAUCUUUGGAAACAGCUCACUACUCUUGCAUUUAACACAUUCUUCUUUAAUAAUGUUGUCAAUUUCAGCAAAUUUGUGUCUCACGUUCUGGCUAAACGUGAUGAUUCCAUAUCCCUGCUUAAUCUUGAAUUCACUCGUCGCGGUUAUGCUCAGUCCUACCUUCUGAAUAGGCUCAUGAAAUAUGCAUCCCGGCACAAUGUUCAACAGUUGACAAUCUUUAUAAAUUUGAAUAACAAACCCAGUUUUGAUUUUCGCCCUCACAUCUUUUACUCUGAGACCUUGACAUUUCUUAAGCUUUCUGUUAGUACUUAUGAUCCUUCUAUGAUAGUACUUCCAGAGUAUCUGUACAUGCCAGCAAUAAGAACCAUGCAACUUGAGUCUGUCACUUUUAAUGCAUAUGGCAUUGAAUAUGCUGAACCAUUUUGUUAUUGUCCCGUGUUGAAUACUUUGAUACUUGAAGGUUGUUCGUUGCAUAAUAAUCUAAAUUUCCUCCGUAUAUCUAAUUCUAGCCUUUCCAAUCUGACCCUAGAUGGUAGCUUUGAAGCAGGAUAUUUCCAAAUUGAUCUUUGUACUCCAAACCUUACUUCUCUCACUAUAUCGGGUCAUACUGAUCAUCCAUUAAUUGCCUCACCUGAUCUUUCUUCAGUCGAGGAGUUAACCAUUGAGUCACGUGGAAAUACAUGUUAUCACAAGACAGAGUUACUCAUCAUAAGCUGGCUGCAAUGGAUAAGAAAUAUAAAGUUAAUGACAGUGUCUCUGAGUGCUCUUGACAUAAUACUACAAGAUCUAUCAAAACCUCUUUCAGCGGGCCUUCCACCUCCUCGUUUCCCUCAAAUGAAGGCACUGAUGGUGAAGAAACUACCAUACGAAGAGCUAUCUGAGGAUAGAUUAAAAAGAUCAUUGAAAUACCUACUUCAGAACGCUCCAAUGUCCAGAAUUGAGUUUGACUACGAAGAAUGAUGAAAGAGAUAUACAUGAUUAGCUCUUGGGGUUGUUGAUACAUAUACUUGCACUCAGAAUCUCAUGUGGCUGAAUUUGGUGACAGUCUGCUGCUUUCUUGAAGACAGGGCUAAGGAAAUUUCGUAGCAAUAAUGGGUAGCUGGAAGGUUGGAACUUUUGAGAAUUCAUCUCUACUGUAGGUUUUCUUUUUCAAAUUUUAUUUUCCGUUGGUAGACAUGGUUAAUUUGAGACUCCAAAGCAGUCCUUGAGGUUCAGUUUUGACAAUUGAACAUAAACCAUAGUUUCUGCUCUUCAGACUAUUAGAAUUGUUUGGAUAUUCUGUUUUUAAAUGAAAUUUAUUGAAAAUCA